AUGGCGUCGAUCGCCGACUGUGGCCGCAACGCCCGCGGCACAACGGCCGCGGCUGCGCCGGCGGCGCGCGGCCUGAGGGGGGCGCUGCGCUCGGGCCCGCGCGCGCCCAGCGCGGCCCCGGCGCGGGCCGGGCUCGACUUGCUGAGGGUAAACUGCUCCUCCAAGCGGGCCAUGAAUGAAGACAUUAAAGAGUAUCUGCCCCAGCAUCAGCCCCUGGGGCUCCUUCUAGAGGAAAAUCAGGAGCAGGCUGCUUCACCAGAGAUGCCAUGCCAGACUCAGGCAGAGCUGUUCCCAGCCCGAGAGCAGGAAGAGCAGCUCAGGCAGCAGGUGGAAGAGCCAGAGCAGAAUGGCCAGGACAUCAAGGCAGAGCCACAAGUAGAGCUGCCUGUAGCUCAGAGUUCCAUCAUGGCAGUGAAGAGGAGGAACAAGGAUGACAUGAGGAGAAUUCAAGAGGAGUUGAAUCUCCAUCAGCACAGGGGCGAUCAACAAAACCAGGUGAGGGAAAGAAUGGCAGCCUCUCCAGUCCUGAAGCGUCCUCUCCCUUCUUGUUUACAGAACAUCAAGGAAUACCUGCAAGAAGAGUUGCAGAAAACUGAAGCUAGGAUCAAGGCAUUGGAGAAGAGGCUGGAGGAAGAAAUGAAAAUCGUCAGAGAGAAAGUUAAUCCCUUUCCUCAGGCUCUAGAAAAGCAAGUGGCCAUAAAGAAAAUUAAUCUUCAAGGACUGAGGAGGAAGCAAGUAACCGUUAAUGAAAUCAAGGUUAUGAAGAGGUAUAGGAGUCCCAGUGUUGUGAAUUAUUUAGCCAGCUACCUUCUGGGUGAGGAGCUCUGGCUGGUUAUGGAAUACAUGGAUGGAGGAACUCUAAAUGAUGUCAUCAAUGAGUCUGACAUGUUUGAAGGAGAGAUUGCAGCCAUCAGUCGGGAGUGCCUGCGUGGACUGGAUUUUCUCCACUCAAACCAUGUGAUCCACCGAGAUGUGAAGAGCUGCAACAUCCUUCUCAGAACCGAUGGCUCUGUCAAGCUGGCUGACUUUGGCCUCGCUACUCAGCUCACCCCCGAGCAGAGCAGACGUUCCUCGCUAGCCGGGACCACUUGGUGGAUGGCGCCUGAAGUGGUGACGCAUCAACCAUAUGGCCCCAAAGUGGACAUAUGGUCUUUUGGAAUUGUGGGCAUCGAAAUGGUAGAUCACGAAGCUCCUUACUGGAACCAAAGUCCUGUCACGGCUAAACUCCUGAUAGCCACAAAAGGGACCCCACGGCUGCGGCAGCCCAACCGAUUCUCGCCUUGCCUGCGAGACUUCCUGAGCUGCUGCCUGCAGAGAGAUGAGGCGCGGCGCUGGUCUGCCAAGGAGCUCCUGCAGCAUCCAUUUGUUACUUCAGCCAAGCCAGCGUCCACCCUGGCACCACUCAUCAACUCAGUGAAGAAGAAGAAGGAGGAGGAGUGGAGAAGAAGAAUGUAACA